AUGGCUUCUCCAGACUCCAUCAAGCUUGCUGACUAUCUCUUCACGCGCUUGCGACAACUGGGUGUGCAAUCUAUCUUUGGUGUGCCGGGCGACUAUAACCUUCGUCUACUCGACUAUGUCGUCCCUGCCGGUCUCCAUUGGGUUGGUAAUUGCAAUGAGCUCAAUGCGGCCUAUGCUGCAGACGGAUAUGCCCGUAUCAAUGGGCUGUCUGCACUGAUCACUACCUUCGGUGUUGGAGAGCUAUCAGCAUCGAACGGAAUUUCCGGGGCAUAUUGCGAGCGCUCACCUGUGGUUCACAUCGUCGGUACUCCACCUCGGCCUCACCAAGACUCACGCGCAUUGAUGCACCACACCUUUGCCGAUGGCGAGUACAAGAUCUUUGCUACAAUGGCAAAGCAUAUCACUGCGGCUCAGACGGAACUCAGAGAUGCUGCCACAGCUCCCGGCCGAAUCGACUGGGUCCUUCAACAAGCUAUUAUACACAGCCGGCCUGUGUACAUCGAACUUCCUGAUGACAUGCCAAGCACGCUAGUUUCAACAGAGAACCUCAAGACCCCCAUUAAGGUCCCAUCUGCACCUAGCAGUGCAACUGAACCCGAACUCGUUAAUCGUAUCCUGGAACGAAUCUACUCUGCUAAGCAGCCUGCCAUCUACGUCGACGGCGAAAGUAAAGCUCUCAAGAUCGUUGAUCAGCUUGACGCCCUGAUCAAGUGUACGCAAUGGCCCACGUGGACGUCGGGCUUCGGCAAAGGCCUUGUGAAUGAGGACCUUCCGAGCGUCUAUGGACUGUACAAUGCAGGGUUUGGUGAAAAAGCCGAGAAAGAUUACUAUGAAUCCGCCGACCUGAUCCUCACUUUCGGCCCACAUUUUAGCGAUACGAAUAGCAUGUUCAAUGCUGCUAUUCCCAGAACUGCGGCCGCCAUUACUUUCAAACAUGACAUUAUCCAGGUCGGCGACGAGGUCUACCGUGACUCAAGCGUCUCUAAUGUCUUGAAACAAGUCCUUUCCGCACUUGACCAAUCACGCCUCGUCAAACCCUCUGCUCCGGGAAAGAGAGUUGUCACACUUGACGACAUCAAGCCUAGUGAUCCAAUUGCACAGAAGAAUUUCUACCGUCUAGUUAACCCGCUAUUCCGCGAGGGCGACAUCGUACUCACUGAAACGGGUACCGCAUCAUACGGCGGCGCUGCGUUUAAACUGCCACCUAAAAGCACGCUUUUUCGUGCUGUGACCUAUCUCUCGAUUGGUUUCAUGCUGCCUGCAACUUUGGGAGCAACGCUGGCACAGCAUGAAAUGAACAAGACGACUGGGCAGAAGAACCAAUCUAUCUUGAUCAUCGGAGAUGGAAGCCUGCAAAUGACAGCUCAGGAGAUUAGCGUGAUGAUCAAGCAGAAACUGGACAUCGUGAUCAUUAUCAUCAACAACGAGGGCUAUACCAUUGAACGUGUUAUUCAUGGCCGUAAACAACAUUACAAUGACAUCCCAUUCUGGAGACACACUCAGGCUCUUAGUUACUUUGGAGCGGAUGAAGAGCAUGUCAAGAAAAACACGUUCACGGCUAAGACAUGCGGGGAACUCCAAGACAUUCUCAAGAAUGAGAAUGUGGUAAAUGGCAGCGGCGUGCGGUUGAUUGAAGUUGCAAUGGAACGGGAAGAUGUCGAAGGGCCGCUGCUGAUGGUUCUGAACAAGCAAAUUGCAGAGGAGAAGCAGCAGAGCGCCUGA